AUGAAACUUAAUAUUGCAAGUCUUGAUCUCAGUAAAUUUGGAUAUGUAAUUGCGAAAGCAAACAUUUGUGACAAGCAUGAUAGAUCUACGCCUUCUCAUUAUCAUUGGAAAAUUCUGAAAUGCAGAAUGCUCAUAUUCUCUAGCUCAUCUAUAUUAGCCUCACCGGACACAGAAGAUUUACAGCAAGUGCAUAUAGUAUUCAGUAAAUCCGGUGACAAUUUCGAUAAAUUAAUUUCUCUUUUUCUGCAAUUUUCUCUUAUACAGGAUGGUGGGAUUAGGACGACCACACCGGAAAUAUUCCAAAUUUGUUUUCGCUAUACUAUGAAUGCUAGAAUUGCGCCUUUGUGGAAUACAUUGGGCGAAAAUUAUCUUAUAAAUAACAGAGACUUUCUAAUUACAAAAGGACCUCAAGAUGGUGUCAGUUACAAUGUUCUAGUGAACGAUAAAAAUAUUCUUAGUAUGGAAAUAAAAGCAGUCAAAAUUAAUUUGUUGAAUACGGAAACAUUUAUGCCUGGACAAUGGAUAAGAGUUUUGCCAAGUUUAAACAAAGCUAUGAUUGAAGAACAUUACGAAACGUUGCCACAAAUAAGCAAGUUUAGAUGCUAUAAAGAUCUACGUCGACAUUGGAAAAAUAUUCAUGGUUACCGUUUACCCGAAGGGGAGGGCUUCUAUUACUCCAUCCAGUUUUGGCGUGGCGAACCGUUACUCUAUCCAAGGAUAUGUGUCAUACGAAAUUUUCCAAUAAUAACACCCACACCUCAGUCUCUGGAGAAAGUCAUCGUUCAAAACUUUUUGAACUGUUUAAAUCUUAAGAUGUCUAAUUUUCUUGGCGCGGCUAUAACGCUUCAAAAUGUAGAAGACGGAAAUGAUAAUGAUCUUGAUUCAAACAAACAUUAUUCUCCAGACACUCAAGCCGUGAGCCUUUGUACACCAACUCAAUCUACAAAAUAA